GAGCGUGACUCCCGCUCCGAAUCCGCGCCAUAAAUUCUGACCACCCGUAAAUGUCUCUGUAUGUUUAUGAUUGCCUAAAACAUUAAGCCCACCGUUAAUUUGUUUUACCUGACGCGCCCAUCACUUGUGCUACAACCGUUUAGCACGAGCCUGCGGCUUCGACGGGCAAAAUGUGGUUUUAAAUACUCGACGGAGGGCUUAAACUAUCGCUUGCUGAAUUCAGUGUGCUGGAUCAUUAUUACGAUGCAUCCGCGAGUAUGGAGAGCCCUGUUUUUCAUGACCGUAUUCUACCAGCUGGGGAUGGCGGGCAAAUACGGCUGUUUAUUUGAGAAGAGGCUGUGCUCCAGGGAACAGUUCUGCUCUGAUGACAGGCUCUUUGGGCAGUGUCGGAGCUCCAGACAUGAGCAGGUUCAGUACCAGGUCUCUGUUCCAGUUCUUCAGAGACUGCAGGAAGUUCUCAAACAGUUGAUGAUUCAGGGAUUCUCCUGGCAGGAUGAUAUCACCCAGCACAUCAUUGCUAAGGAGCUGAGCCGUAUCCCUCACACACGCACACAAAAGACUCAGAAUGCACAGUCACCACAGCCUGCAGCGAAAAAGGGCUAUUCCAGCUCUAGCUCUGAGCCUGGACCAGCUCAGAGCUAUAUGGACUAUAUGAUCUUAGACCCCCGCCAGUCCUCCUCACUUCGGGUUCAAGCCCUUCCCAUGGACCCAUACUCAUAUCUACAGGAUGACAUGACCCAUUCUCUCCAUCCUCACACCGGUGUGGGGGGAUACCAGCGACCCUCCUCCCGAGACGGAUCUCAGCAAAGAGACAGAGACCGUCAGCUUCUGGAAGAUGCCAUGUCUCUUUACCUCUCCUCCUCACAACCUUCUUUCCGCCACAGGGGGGCAGCAGCCCUCCCUGCCGCCCCGUACUAUGAAGAUCUAGACUUCCCAUUGGACUAUGGCCAGGACUACACCCCACAGGAGCAACCCAGCUCGUCCCAGCACUCCAACAAGAAAGUUCCUCAGGACUAUAGCUCUCUCGCCAGACUCAAUGAUGAAACAUUGGCACAGCUGGGCCGUCUGUCAGAGGGAUUUGGGGUGGACCCACGAGACCUAAGCCCUCAGCAGAUAAAAAGACUCACACUACUGUUGCAGCUCCUACAAAAUCUGGAGAACACAGAUCAAUCCCAAGGGACAGCCACAGUAAAAGAGACAAUUGUAGAAGCUAACGACAAAGUGACACAGAAAGGAAUCAAACCCCCCUCACCUGUCUCAGCUCUGCCCUCAACCCCAACAUACCAGCGGAUCCCCACUCAGCCCCCAUCCACACCAGCCCCUGCAACUGUGCCUAAGGAAGUCAGUAAAAGCACAUUGGCGCCCACGCUGUCACCAAAAGACUUGGGUUUGAAAGAGAAAACACCUAAUGUCCCGAAAGCCGGUAAAGACGGGACAAACAGCAGGGAGGAAUAUGGCUACAUAGUGACUAAUCAGAGUCCCUUAAGUCUGUAUGAUGGGGUGAAGCUCCUAGAGCUGCUGGCAGAGAAAAUUCAUCUCUCCACGAGCAGUUUCAUCAACAUAAGCGUGGUGGGUCCAGCCCUGACGUUUAGGAUCAGACAGAACUCUCUGAACCUCACCGCAGAGGAUGUGGCCAAUAAAGCGGUUGCCGAGAAGAAUUUCCUGGAGGGUGAGACGGGUUUGAAAAUCAUCCAGACAGGAGUUGGGGAGAGGAGCGAGGGGCGUGGCCUGCCCCAGGCCACACGGGUAGGGGAGGGUUCACGCGGAGUCGUGCUGACAAUGGUCGCCAUGGCUUGUGUUGGCGCGGUGUUGUUGGUUGCCCUGGCGGUUGCCUGUCUUCGCCACCACGCCCGUCAGUUAGCCACCGGCAAACUGGGUCUGGGACCAGAAGCUGGUGCAGAAACUCACUUUGAUUACCAGGAACUGUGUCGCCAACACAUGGCAGCAAAGUCAUCGUUCACCCGUCCGGAGCCUGGCGGUCGACGGGGGACCGACACCUCUCGAGUCAGCAGUGUGUCAUCUCAGUUCAGCGACGGGCCGCAGCACAGCCCUAGCUCUCACAGCAGCACACCGUCCUGGAGUGAAGAGCCUGCCCAGUCCAACAUGGACAUCUCAACUGGACACAUGAUACUGGCUUAUAUGGAGGACCAUCUGAAGAAUAAGGACCGUUUGCAGAAAGAGUGGGAGGCUCUGUGCUUGUACCAGGCUGAGCCGAGCUCCGUCUCUAUCGGCCAGUCUGAACUCAACAUGGAGAAGAAUCGCUAUCCUGACUUUGUGCCCUAUGACCAUUCACGUGUAAAACUAAAGGCAGAGACCAACGCCUCUAAAGAGGACUACAUAAAUGCCAGCACCAUAAUUGAUCACGAUCCACGUCUGCCUGCAUAUAUUGCAACUCAAGGACCUUUGCCACAUACUAUUGCUGAUUUCUGGCAGAUGGUGUGGGAGAAUGGAUGUACUGUAAUAGUUAUGAUGACAGCUCUGGUGGAGGAUGGAGAAAAACAGUGUGAACGCUACUGGCCUGACGAAGGAUCGUCUCUGUACAAUAUCUAUGAGGUGAAUCUUGUGUCUGAACACAUCUGGUGCAAAGACUUCUUGGUUCGUAGUUUCUACUUGAAGAACGUUCAGACACAGGAGACGCGCACCCUCACCCAGUUUCACUUGCUGAGCUGGCCUGCGAGCGGCAUUCCCUCCUCCACCCGUCCCCUGCUGGACUUCCGCAGAAAAGUAAACAAGUGCUACAGAGGACGUUCUUGCCCAAUAAUUGUGCACUGCAGUGAUGGGACUGGCAGAACUGGCACCUACAUUCUUAUCGACAUGGUACUUAACCGCAUGGCAAAAGGUGUGAAGGAGAUUGAUAUUGCUGCAACACUGGAGCAUAUUCGUGAUCAGAGACCAAGUAUGGUACGCACUAAGGAUCAGUUCGAGUUUGCCCUGACAGCUGUGGCAGAAGAAGUCAAUGCCAUUCUGAAAGCCCUUCCUCAGUGAGCCGUCACAGUGUCUCUAUUCCAUAAUUUUUGCUCAUGUACUUCUAUCCUGCACACCUCAUUUUAAGACAGAAAUGCAAAGACCCCAUGAAGUCGCUUGAUGAGUGUAGUUAUCUGUCUCGUGUUGAUGUAUUUCUGUUGAAACUGGAAGUCUGGUUGGGCGUAUGAAAGGAUGCAUCCCCUAAAUCUGUGUAGAGAAGAUGACUUAAAAUUUUGUUUUAAAUGUACGUUUAAAAUCAAAUAUCUGCAAAUUAUGUUUUUAACUUUUGGUUAAAAGUUUAAAUCAAAGCUAACCGACAUCGUCAAAACACCACUUGAUUUUCUGGGGUCUUUAAACUUCACUCGGUUUGUAAAAGACUGAAAGAUUUGUGUGUGCAAGAGACAUUUUACAUGGGCCUUAAAGAGUUUCAGGGAGAACAGACAUCAUUAUUACAAACAAGCUUCACGCAAAUGACAGCAAUUUAAAGUGAUCUAAAUUUCUGAUGACUAACAGUAUAAUGUGUUUUUAUAUAAAUAUAUAUACUUUUAUGUUGCAAAGCACUAUUAAGAAUAACAUUCAUGUUCCUCAAAUGCUUUCUUUACCUUGGAAUGGCCAAAAAAUGCAACUCAAUAUAUCACAUUGAAAAAUGACACAAAAAAACACAACGCAGUCUUAUGCAGGUGAGCGUGGGUACUUUCUAUUUAUGCACAGGUCUGUACACAAGUGUGCAUCAUCCGAAAUACACCUGUCAUGUCGUAUAGUUCCUGUAAGAUUUCAUUCAACUGUAAAUGUCUAGUGUAGCUUUUCUUUGUGUGAUCGUUGUAAAUAAUUCACAGAGUUAUGUUUGUCAAUUCCAGUAUGUUUAUGAAAAUUAUCAAAAAAAGAGAGAAAUAUAUGAAUAUAAUUUUUAAAUUGUUAUAAAUUAAAUGUGAAUCUGUGUAGCAGCAUU